CGGGGAAGCUCUGCCGUGCAGCGCCAGAGAUGCUGCAGCAAAGCAUCCUCUGCAUCUCCCUCCCCGGUGCAGCCCCAGCCCCACAUUCAGCAUCUCUGGGGUGGCUGCAUCCCACUCCGUGGUGCAGGACCCUGCUCCCCAUUGCCGUGUCAGUGUGUCCUCCCCAUCUCCGUGUCCGUGCGUCCUCCCCAUCGCUGCCGGCGGCCGUUCGCCUCCGCUUUAGCUCUUUCUUUCCCGGCGUCCCCCUGUGCCGCAGCCUGGGAAUGGUACGGUCCUCGCUCCGGCGCCGUGGAUGUUGCUAGAAGGUGAAGGCACCAGCGCAGGCUGCGUCCAGCCCUGAGACAUCGCGGGAGAGGGGGACCCGAGGGACUGGCGAGGGGGCUCGGGCUCGGCCCUCGGGGGUCCGGCAGCAUCGCGAGCGAGGAGCCAUGACCCAGGGGAAGCUUUCCGUGAACAACAAACCCCCCAGCGCCGAGGGGCAGGGGGAGAAGAAGGACAAUGCGGCGGCUCCACCGGCUCCCCCGACCUAUGAGGAGGCGACAGCAGGAGAAGGGAUGAAGGCUGGUGCUUUCCCUGCUCCCCCGUCGGUCCCGCUCCACCCCAGCUGGGCUUAUGUCGACCCCAGCACCAGCCCCAGCUACGGCAGCAGCGGGUACCCGGGGGACACGGAGAUGCUCACGACCUUCAGCUGGGACGACAGGAACGUGCGCAGGGUGUUCAUCCGGAAGGUUUAUGCCAUCUUGAUGGUCCAGCUCCUGGUCACUGUCGUGAUUGUGGCUUUCUUCACCUUCUGCGAGCCGGUCAAGGGGUACAUCCAGACGCACGCCGCCUGGUAUUGGGCUUCCUACGCUGUUUUCUUUGUGACCUACUUGAUUCUGGCUUGCUGCUCCGGACCCAGGAGGUAUUUCCCAUGGAAUCUGAUCCUGCUGAGCAUCUUUACGCUCUCCAUGGCUUAUCUCACGGGGAUGCUCUCCAGUUACUACAACACCAAGUCGGUCCUUCUGUGCCUGGGGAUCACAGCCCUGGUGUGUCUGUCUGUCACCAUCUUCAGCUUCCAGAGCAAGUUUGACUUCACCUCCUACCAGGGCGUCCUGUUCGUGAUGCUCAUGGUGCUUUUCUUCGGCGGCAUCAUCCUGGCCGUGAUACUGCCCUACCAAUACGUCCCCUGGCUCCACGCGAUCUACGCUCUGCUGGGUGCCGUUAUCUUUACUAUGUUCCUGGCAUUUGAUACCCAGAUGCUGAUGGGGAAUCGCCGGUACUCGCUGAGCCCAGAGGAAUACAUCUUCGGGGCCCUCAACAUCUACCUGGACAUCAUCUACAUCUUCUCCUUCUUCCUCCAGUUCUUUGGCUCCAGCCAGGAGUGAGCGCAGCGCCGCGUUACCUUUGCUGGCAAGACGCAAGUGUUUAAAAUCUUAAAAGAAGAGGAAAAGAGGGUUCAAAAGAACCAGGCAAAACAACCCCCACCCUUUCAGGCUCCAUUCAGUCAGCUGAGCAAAGCCCCUGGGUUCCUUAUGCAGCUUGUAUAUAUGCUGUUAGGCCUUUGUGACCCAGAAAGCAAAGCAGGGCUUAAGUGUUGUGUCUCUUCUGCUCCCUCCACUCCUGCCGAGACCAAACAGACCAGAGACCGGGAGGCAUGAGACCGAGAUCUUUUCCCCAGAGCCUGUCAGGGCCGCCUGCCCGAGUCCUGCACACCACGGCAUGUUGUGCUGAGAGCAGCUCUGCAAAGGGAAAACAACAUUAAGGCGAGGAGAGUAGGGAAUUCUGCUGGGAUCCUGGCAGGAGAAGCAGCCGAACAGAGGAAAGGGCCCGGGGAAUCCUCGUGGUUCCCUGUUUCUCUCCUGCACUCAUUGUGGCCUCUGCAGAGAGAUAUUCCUGACAGCGCCUGUCGUUAGCAGCGUGGAGCACAGGAUCACGUAGUCUGGGUGUCCCAGCCGUCAGUCUUCCAGGCACAAGGGAAAACCAUUGUGCAGGACGUGCAGCCUCUCUGGGGACACCCCCGAUCCCAUGCAAGGAUUACUGGCAGAGGAGGGAUGAACAAGGCUGAGUUUCAGAGCCCGGGCAAAGCCAGGCGCCUCCUGACAUGGGAAAUGGGCGGCUGGGGUCUGAUGCCUUCACAAAAGUGUCUUGGUUGCUUGAGAUGAAUGGUCCCAAGCGGUUACGACCCAGAGACUGAGGCCAGGUGAACGCCUGUUGCUCGCGGUGAGUGCUGCUCUGUAGCAAGCACCACCGUUGCCUCUUUCUCUGGCCGUUCUCCAGCUUUGCUCUCCCAAGGGGGGAUGUCAGUGAGGGCACCGGAUGCUUCCGAGUGCUCAGGUAACUUUCCAUCUUCCCCUCGCUCACAUUCCGCUGUCUGGGGAUUAGCUGGCUAAUUUCUAACUGUAAAGCUCCAGGUGGAGAUAAGAAGCCUUUUGCUCUUAUUUAAAAAGCGAUCCUGCCUGCUGAUAGAAACCUGUAUCUUCAAUCUCUCUGGGAAUGCCGGGCCAAGUGCGUCAGCGAGCUGCCUCCAGCAAUCCCUGCGUGUUAGAGAGAGGCUAUGCCAGAGUGCUCCCCGCCGCGCGUUCCUGCUCUGCUGCUGCCCCGGCUCUUGCCCUUCGCAGGUCGGAUCUCCUGCCACACGUGCUCGAUGCCCCGAGCCGGGCAGAGGGGGUUUCUGUGCAGAGAGUGGAAACGCUCCAGCCCCGCUGCACUGGCCUUGCCCAUCAUCACACAGGAGCGCAGCUGGUGCAUUCCCCUGCCUUCCCCCCCCAGCACCCCUAAAAACACCCAAACAACAGCAAGACAUAGCCAAAAUAUUUUUAGGCAUAAAGGAGAUUAUUAGGCGAUGACAGCAUUAAGUUCAUGACCCAGUGACUUCUGCAGUGCAUUGCAGAGGAGAAACGAGGGCCUUGAGUUGCUGAGCAGGCAGAAUUGGGAAAGGGGACAGCAUGGGAGGCACCCUAAAAGUUCCUGAAAUAGGAGUUUAAAGAGGGAAUGUCCUGUCUCAGCCCCAUGCAGGCACUUCUGGAAUAUCCUGGCAGACUGGCUGUGCAGCCUUUCUUUUUGCUCACAGCAAAAGGCCUUGUAGGAAUUUCUGGUUUCCAGCUUUUGAGGAGGGAGUUUGGAGCUGCAUGAUGAGUUCCGACCCUGAAAUAGUCCUAAAACUCCUCCUCUGGAGGACGAUGUGGAGCAGAGCCCUGCAGCCGCCCCUCUCUGCACCGGGCUCCUCCAGACCGGCCCCGCACACCCCGGGAGCUGGGGAGGAGAACGCGGAUCUGCAGCCCGCUCUGGAUCUCUCGCUCUUUUCCCUUCUGGCCUGGAGUAACGUCGCUGCUGCACCCUGGCUUUCUGCUCCUGUGUGGGAAGAGCUUGCAUGGCCAUUCUCCAUGUCCGGGCCCCCCGAGCGGGACGGCGCGCUGCCCUCCCGUGCCCCUCCAAGGGCUCCUUUCCUGCAUGUGCCCUGGUCCCCCUCCUGCGCUGACCCCACGCUCGCAGUCCGUCCGUGCCAGACCUACCGAACACACUUGGACUGAGGCAGCGAGUGGUGUGGAUGUGCUCAUAGAGGCAGAAAUCCUCAUGAGCCCGAGUAACACAAGGCUGGGGGUGGGAUGUGGCUAUGGGCAUGUUCCUCCUGGGCUCCCCGAGCCUCUGUGCGGGGCGGCUCCUGUUCCUCCGCGUAGCUGUCCUUCUGUCUGAGCGCUGCAGCACCCAGCCCCUGGCUCCGCACCCUGCACCCCUGCACCCCUGUCCCGCCAUUCUUAUGAUUUCACUGUAAAUAGGAUUUUGUAUUUUCUCUGAACGUUGCUAAUAAAUCGUUGCGAAACUGUC